AUGCUUGGCGCCACCAGCUUCGCCGGCCGGCGCAAGACCAUCUACUUGUAUCUGGCCGGCGCUGCGACCGUGAUUUGUUUCUUGAACCUCGUCUUCCUCACUCACGCCGUCGAUGAAACAACCAUCCGCAUCCCGGGCCUGUCGCUGCUCCGACCCGCACGUCCCCACCUCGUGGGCGAAUUUGCGCGCGACCAACACCCGAUCGGCCAGCUCAUGAAGGAAGCCGAUCGCCAGUGGGAACAGUACAAUCAGGGUCGUUCUUCGAAUUUCUCCCAGACCGUGGCCCGCUACCGUGCGACUUACGGACGUCAUCCGCCACCCGGUUUCAAGGAAUGGUAUCAGUUUGCAAGAAAGAACCAGGUCUACAAUGUAGACGACUUCCAACAAAUCCACGAUGAUCUCCGACCGUUCUGGGCUAUUCCACCCGAUGAAAUCCGGCAGAUGGCCGCCCGGCUGCAGACAAGUGACAGCAUCGCGGGCAUGCGCAUUCGGGACCAAAAGGUCGUGUCCAAGUCGGGAGGCUGGCGAGCGGAAACCCUCGCGCAGUCGGUGGGACGUCUCGCCAAAUACCUGCCCGACAUGGAUGUUGCGAUGAACACCAUGGACCAACCUCGGGUCAUGGCCACCUACGAGGAUAUCCAGAGUUACCUGAAAAUUGAAGAAAGCACCCGAAGCCUCCCCGGGGACGCACAGGACCAGUUCACCUCGGAUAUGCCGCAUUUCUACGAUGAGAAUGCGACCGUCAAUGAGGAAAUCGACCCGGGAUGGUUCUCUGUGGCGGGCCAGCCAUACGUGAACUUCUCUCGGGAAUCUUGUCCGCCCGAAUCGCCUGCGCGAAACGAGAAGUUGAAUUCCGAAGAUGCCGAUAAGCUGUACAAGUCCAGCUUUGGAGGUUUUGUCUCCAAUUUCACAGGUUCCACUGACCUCUGUAAUGUCGGACCGGUCCUCGGCGAUAAACAUGGCUUUCUCUUCUCGGCGUCCAGUAACAAGAUCACCAGGAAGCUCGUUCCGGUCUUCAGCGAGUGCAAGGUCAGUGUCAACAAUGACAUCCUUUUCCCGGCCAAUAUGUACUUCCUGAAGGACGAGCGGUAUUUUUACAACAACAAGAAUGACUACGAAUGGGAAAACAGGGUUGAUUCGAUGUUGUGGCGUGGUGUCACGUCGGGCGGCGUUCAAGUCGCUGACAAUUGGCACCGCUUGCAUCGUCAGCGGUUUGUGAAGAUGACCAAUGCCACGGAAAUGAAUAACCAGACCGUUUCGAUCCUUGUCAAGGACGACAAGAACCACUACCAGCUCUUGCCCGACUACCAUCCUUCUGAUUUUGCCGCAUCUCACUUCGAUGUCGGAUUUACCGAGGCCUGGGGAUGUAUUCCCGACUGCUCUUUCUACGAAGGUGUAUGGACCUACAAGGACCAAAAGCCAUUCAGCGAGCAAUUCAAGUCGAAGUACCUGGUCGACAUCGAUGGCCACAGUUUCUCUGGCCGCUGGCGCGCUUUCCACCAGAGCAGAUCGCUGGGCAUCAAGGCAACCAUCUUCCGCGAGUGGCACGACUCCCGCCUCUUCGCCUGGCGCCAUUUUAUCCCGAUGGAUAACCGGUUCACAGACCUUUAUGCCCUCAUGACCUACUUCAUUGGGCUGGAGUCUCCCGCAGCCGCAAAUACCUCCUUGCCUCAUGGCUCCAUGGCCCCCCAGCACGACUUUGAAGCCGAGGUGGUCGCCACCCAAAGCCGAGAGUGGGCCCAGCAUGCGCUGCGCGACGAGGACCUGGAUAUCUACCUUUACCUGCUCCUUCUGGAGUAUGGGCGCAUCAUCGAUGACAAUCGUGAUCAUAUCGGGUACAGUGGCGAUGGAAGUGAGCUGGCCCACUUUGACGCUCAAUACCCGUUCCCUCCUACACUACAGCCCCUGGUCGGAGGAAAACUAUAG